AUUGGCCUCACAAAGGACUUGAGAGAAUGCCCGUAAUUUUCUCAAUAUUGGUUAUACUGUCGUGACUGUGUACAGUGGCGAAUCCAUCUUACUGUCGGUGGGUAUCAGCUCCAGCACCUGGUACUCGUAACUGCUGUGAGGAACAAGUAGAGGAAGACAACAAAUACCAGCCUCUUCGGUCCACAUUUUAUUGAUAGUGACACAGACCUGGAACGCUAUCCGGAGGAUACGCCCAUGGACGCGACUCAUUUACCAUGGUGCCGAGAUCCAAUUGUGCACUGGGUUUUUCCAUCCCUGUGCGCAGAUAAUUCCCGGUAGAAGCAUCCUAGCGAAGUUGAUCCCCAUUUCUUUCGCUAGAAGGGUGGUGGCCGUCGAAGAGGGAGAUAAAGGUUCCAAACAUUAGGUGGCCGAGCAGGAUAUCAAUAGCAAGAAGACAAGGAGUCCUUCACACUGUACGCAGUAACUUUGGGCUGGUGAGGGCAAAACAACGAAUCUGAUAUGUGUGACCGUCUGCUGAUGAAUUUGCCUGCAAAAAGAUGAUGCCGGGCAAAUGACUGAUGAAGUGGCGGGCAUCGAUUAUUGUGCAUGAAUAAUAUGGCGUUGGCCACUCACUAAUAAGGUACCUUAGGCUUGCGUCACUUGACGGGGCGAGUGGCUUGGGCACAAGGCGCCAACGCCUAAGCAAACCCCCCGCCCAUACGGAGGAGCGUACACCUGGGACUCAUACCUCGUAGCAGUUAACUUGGCAACUGCGGAAUCUGGCCUGCGCUUCCUGUUAUUACUGUACGAGGCACAACACCGGGCGACCUUCGACGUCGGCGCCUGCUGAUCAUACAACAUCCCUCAUCUCUACCUGCAGUCGAUUCCCCAGCUUUACACAACCUAUUCACCCUUCGACUCUUCUCCUUCCUAUAUUCCACUCAAGCGAAACACGACACCUUCGGUUGCCGUCACCGCCGUUCCCCUCUUGCUUCUCCUAUUUCGCUCCCCUUGCUCUACCCUCAGAUCAUUCCUCCUACCAGCACCACGCGAAGCCAGCCUCGUGCUUUCCCCUUUGGCAGACGUCCUUGUACUACCUCCGUUUGCGUCUGUCAAGUUCGUUGUCUUUGUUCACUCUCCAAAACAUCGCAACCGGGAUCUUUUGAACACAACAAACACGUGUGGAUGACCGCGCAAUGACUGUCUUCACUCAUACUGCCGUGUUCGACAUAAUGCACUAAACGAUAAAUCUCCUAUUCCAUAUUCACCGGGCCAAACAAAUCUCUUUGUUGUUAAACAAACACCACUAUACCUUCUAUCCUAUCACCUUGUCGAACGCAGGCUGAUCCUUCAAAAUGGCGGACGAUCUACGGUCACGAUUAUCUCCUAUCCACACUCGUAACAUGAGUACGGUGACAGUCGAAUCCGACAGUUCGGAUAGCUCUCCUUGCCCUGGGGACGAUGAAGACACAGACUACUUCAUGGCUCACGCGAAUGAUUCGCAAUCCUCAUUGGGAGCAGUCACGGCAAUUCGAGACUGUGAUGACGAUGUCGACCUCGAACAAGUCCAUCGCCAAUCUCCCAUCUCCAAACUACCCCCAGAAAUCCUUAUGGCUAUCGUUGCCAAAUUGACAAGCACCGCCGACUUGAAAAGUUGCAUGCUGGUAUCCUACCAUUGGGCAUUAUACACUGUUGGAAUACUGUGGCACAGACCGCUGUGUAAUAAAUGGGCGAACCUGAUCAAUGUCGUGGCGGCGCUGGGAAAGGGUGAAAAGAGCUAUUUUCCAUACCAUGAAAUGGUCAAAAGACUGAACUUGUCAGCAAUUGCGGACAAGAUCAAUGAUGGAACGGUGCAACCGUUCAUGAAUUGCAAAGCAGUGGAGCGCCUCACGCUGACAAAUUGCUCCAAAUUGACCGACUUUGGUGUGGCAGGAUUGGUUGAUGGGAGCAGGAAGCUGCAAGCACUGGACGUGACGGACAUCGAUGCUUUGACGGAUCGCACGUUGCAUGUGGUCGCUACAAACUGUGCCAAACUUCAGGGCCUUAACAUCACCAAUUGUUCAAAUAUUACCGACGAGUCUCUGAUUGAGAUUGCCGAAAACUGCAGGCAGCUUAAACGACUGAAACUCAACGGCGUCGUGCGGGCAACGGAUGCCUCCAUUACUGCGGUGGCAAGGAAUUGUCGCUCAAUAUUGGAAAUCGACUUGGCUGGCUGCCAUUCCAUCAGCUCCGAAUCGGUCACUGCUCUCCUGUCGAAAUUGAGCCAUCUACGCGAGCUUCGCCUGGCUCAUUGUGUCGAGAUCAAUGAUUUGGCAUUCACCAACCUUUCCCCACGACAUUCCUUCGACACUUUGAGAAUUCUGGACCUCACCGCGUGCGAGCAAGUUCGAGACGAUGCAAUUGCGAAAAUCAUUCCAGCUGCGCCACGGUUACGAAACCUGGUGCUCGCGAAAUGUCGACACAUUACCGAUCGUGCAGUUGCGUCCAUCUGCAAAUUGACCAAGAAUCUCCAUUAUAUUCAUCUGGGCCAUUGCAUAAACCUGACUGAUAAUGCCGUCAUUCAGUUGGUCAAGGCUUGCAAUAGGAUUAGGUACAUUGACCUGGCUUGUUGUUCGCGCUUGACAGAUGCGAGCGUUCGUCAUCUGGCACAACUCCCGAAACUUCGCAGAAUUGGUCUUGUAAAAUGUCAAAACUUGACCGAUUCCAGCAUCAUGGCUCUGGCGCAUGGACCUAUACUAUUUGCUCCUGCCGGUAAAGGUAUCCCUCAGCACUUUGUGUCUCUAGAAAGAGUCCAUCUGAGCUACUGCAUCAAUCUCACACUCAAGGGCAUUACGGCACUCCUCAAUAACUGUCCUCGACUCACUCAUCUGUCCUUGACUGGCGUACAAGCAUUUCUGCGCGAAGAUCUGACCAGAUUCUGCCGUGAUGCCCCAGCCGAAUUCACUCAUCCUCAGCGAGAUGUGUUCUGUGUCUUUUCGGGAGAAGGCGUGCAACGUCUUCGUGAUUAUCUCCUGCGCAUGGCUGUGGAUGAGGCCCAACGAGAAGAGCGUGGGGCUCUCGAUGACAGCCUGCUCGAUGGCGUGGACAGCCCAGGUGCAGAUACAGUCUCUGAUGAUGGCACAAUAGAUGGCAACGAUCAAUUGAUGGAUCCGGUACUCAAUCCCCAUCGACAUGGGAUAUCGUUUGCCACUACACCGCGGACGAGACCGCAACGACCGCGAAGUCUGCACGAUCUUCCAAGCUACCAUAUCGAGAUGCCAUUUGUACCACUCGAGCAUGUGGGUCCAUGGACUCCAGGAGCCCCUUUUGGACAGGAAGAUCGCAUCCCUCUGGCACCUCCUCAUCUCAAUCUGACGAAUUCGAGCAAUCUUUACCCGCCAGAUGGCUAUGAUCGCCGAUCCAGAAGCCCCGGACUGCCGUCAAUAUUUGUUCCUGUCCAGUAUGGCGAGCGCCCGAGGAGCUCAUCACGGACGCCUUCAAGACGCCACACCCUCGAAUCCUCGGACGGCUUGUUCGGCCCUCCCCCUGUCCCGAUGCAUGGCUAUGGGGAAGGAAGUUCGAGGCCGGUGGAAAUAAGCCGGUACGCACAUGAUCCUCGAGGAAGCUAUUUUGCCAUGGACGAGCCGCGACCGCAAUAUCAAGGAUGGCCACCUCUUUUUUCAUCGGAACCAGCUCGUAGACCGAUGCCAGGCGCCGCGUUCAGAAAUCCCAAUGACGUACGAGUAUCGUAUCUGCGGCCGGAACCGGGUUUUAGUGCGUUUGACGCGAAUCACGAGGCGAUUAUGUCGACGAUUCCCGGGAGUCUCUCCGGCAGUCGACAUCCUUCCAGAUCGAAUAGUCCGCAAGUUUCGCGCGUUAACAGCCGGUCGAGGUUGAGCAACCUACUCGUCCCGACACGGAGCUAUGCCUCGACACCACCGAGUCAGGCAGAUUCAGGUGGCCGCAACAGCCGGGCUGCAAGAAGUCGCGAACGAUCGCGCAUGAGAGAAGAGGCACAUAGAGAAGCUAUGUUGCAAGCACUGGCCGAGGCUGAUGCCGCUCAGCAACUGCGACCUGACUUUCCUCGAGCUGACUCGGAUCGAGAACAUGAGUUGCCAUUGUUGCCUCCAGAAAUGAUCGAACGGAUGACGAUGACUCCAGUGACACCGACUGAGCCUGAUUCAGAGGCAAGAAUGGAACCACCGCGACGAGCGCCGUCGGUGGACGCAGAUCAGGAUGUUACUAUGACACAAUGAAAUAGACCAAAUUAAUGUUUGUGGGGAGGGUGAUGGAUCAUGCAUCGGUACGACACACAUUGCUGAUGUUCCCGAGGGUAUCAUGCAAACAAAAUAUAUGACUUUGGAAUGGGACCCCUGGGUCUGGGGCUGACGGAGGACAAACGGCUGCAAUAUCAUUUGCAGUAUCAAUCGAGCGGGUUUUAAGCAAGCGUGGAGUUCGAAAUCGAGGCCCAUUGCUGGCGAGAGCAUGUCAGGCUUUUCUUCUCGGUAUGAAUAUGGAGCUGGCAUGGAGAUUGGCAGCUUCAACAGAGACAAUGCAGACAAUAGAGGCCAACAGUUUCAUCUGUUACUUUUAGAAGCAUCAAUAGUCGGUUGGCAUUUCAGCGAUUGUACA